AGUGUCAAGGACAGUGUUUAGUUCACUAGUUGCUCUCGAAAAUUACUAUGCAGUAGAAUAAAAUAAAAUCCUCUUCUCUGUCACCGGUCUGCCUCUACUAUCUCACUCUUUUUUUCUCUUUUGUCGUACAUUAGGGUUUCAGCUCUUGACUGGUUCUUCAUCCGCCUCAUUUGAGGAUUGUGGUAAUGGCUGAAGAAGACAAUAGUGGAGUAACAGAGGCUCUGCCUCCUCCUCCCCCUUUUCCACCUGAUUUCUCUCCAGCAAAAGCGGAACCAGAGCCGGUGAAGAAAAAGGUUUUACGUGUUCCCAUGGCUAGGCAUGGCCUUGGAAGCAAGGGACAAAAGAUUCCGAUCCUUACCAAUCACUUUAAAGUGAACGUGUCUAAUGUUGACGGACACUUCUUUCAUUACAGUGUCGCCCUAUUUUAUGAGGAUGGUCGACCUGUCGAGGGAAAAGGAAUUGGCAGAAAAGUUCUUGAUAGAGUGCAUGAAACAUAUGAUACAGAAUUGGCUGGGAAGGAUUUUGCAUACGAUGGGGAGAAAAGCUUGUUCACCAUUGGUUCACUACCUAGAAAUAAAUUAGAGUUCACAGUUGUCCUAGAGGACGUCAUAUCUAAUCGGAACAAUGGGAACAAUGGCAACUCUAGCCCUGGCAGACAUGGAAGUCCAAAUGAAAAUGAUAGGAAAAGAUUAAGGCGGCCGUACCAAUCAAAAUCUUAUAAGGUGGAGAUUAGCUUUGCUGCCAAGAUUCCGAUGCAGGCAAUUGCGAAUGCUUUGCGAGGUCAAGAGUCUGAGAACUCUCAAGAAGCAUUGAGAGUUUUGGAUAUAAUUUUAAGGCAACAUGCGGCCAAACAGGGUUGUCUGCUUGUUCGACAGUCCUUUUUCCAUAAUGACCCAAAGAAUUUUGCGGAAGUUGGAGGUGGUGUUCUUGGCUGUCGAGGGUUCCAUUCAAGUUUUCGAACCACUCAGUCUGGAUUGUCUUUGAACAUUGAUGUGUCUACCACGAUGAUAAUCCAGCCUGGACCUGUUGUUGACUUUUUGAUUGCGAACCAAAAUGCAAAAGAUCCCUUUUCACUUGAUUGGGUGAAGGCAAAACGUACCUUGAAGAAUCUAAGGGUGAAGACUGCUCCCGCUAACCAAGAGUUCAAAAUAACUGGAUUGAGUGAAAAAUCGUGUCGCGAGCAGACGUUUACUCUAAAGCAGAGGAGCAAAAAUGAGGAUGGUGAAGUGCAAACAUCGGAAGUGACAGUUUAUGAUUACUUUGUUAAUCAUCGUAACAUAGACUUGCGAUAUUCCGCUGAUUUACCGUGCAUCAAUGUUGGAAAGCCCAAGCGUCCCACCUAUUUCCCUGUCGAGCUCUGCUCGUUGGUCUCAUUGCAAAGGUACACAAAAGCCUUGUCCACCUUUCAGAGGUCCUCCUUGGUGGAGAAGUCUAGGCAAAAGCCUCAAGAGAGGAUGCAAAUUUUGAGCAAUGCUCUAAAAACCAACAAUUAUGAUGCUGAGCCUCUGCUUCGUGCUAGCGGCAUCUCAAUCAGUAGCAACUUCACCCAGGUUGAAGGGCGUGUUCUGCCUGCCCCUAAGUUGAAGGCAGGAAAUGGAGAUGACCUUUUCUCACGAAAUGGCAGGUGGAAUUUUAAUAAUAAGAGAUUCUUUGAUCCAGCAAAGGUAGAGCGUUGGGCUGUUGUCAACUUUUCUGCACGCUGUGACAUACGUGGCCUAGUCAGAGAUUUGACAAGAAUUGGAGAGAUGAAAGGAAUUAGUGUGGAAGCUCCAUUUGAAGUGUUUGAAGAGUCUCCACAGCUUAGAAGGGCUCCACCUCUUGUCAGAGUUGAAAAGAUGUUUGAAGAGAUCCAGUCAAAACUUCCCGGUGCCCCGAAAUUUCUUCUUUGCCUUCUUCCUGAGAGGAAAAAUUGUGACAUAUAUGGACCAUGGAAGCGGAAAAAUCUGGCUGAUUAUGGUAUAGUAACCCAAUGCUUGGCUCCUGGAAGAGUCAACGAUCAGUAUCUCACAAACCUUCUCCUUAAGAUCAACGCGAAGCUUGGUGGUUUAAAUUCUGUGUUAGCUGUUGAGCAUUCACCUUCCAUUCCCAUGGUAUCUAAGGUUCCCACCAUGAUUCUUGGAAUGGACGUAUCACAUGGCUCUCCUGGCCAGUCUGAUGUUCCAUCAAUUGCUGCAGUUGUAAGUUCAAGGCAGUGGCCUUCAAUAUCUCGUUAUAGAGCUUCUGUGCGCACUCAAUCUCCUAAAGUGGAGAUGAUUGAUAACUUAUUUAAAAAAGUUUCAGACACUGAGGAUGAUGGGAUUAUGAGGGAACUUUUGCUAGAUUUUUAUGUGAGUUCCGGGAAAAGGAAGCCUGAGCAUAUUAUAAUAUUCAGGGAUGGUGUCAGUGAAUCUCAAUUUAAUCAAGUUCUAAACAUUGAACUGGACCAGCUCAUUGAGGCCUGCAAAUUUCUUGAUGAAAAGUGGUCACCGAAGUUUGUGAUCAUUGUUGCUCAGAAAAAUCAUCAUACAAAGUUUUUCCAGGCUGGAUCUCCUGAUAAUGUUCCUCCAGGGACAAUUAUAGACAACAAAGUUUGUCAUCCAAGGAACUAUGACUUCUACCUGUGUGCCCAUGCAGGCAUGAUUGGUACCACUCGACCUACACAUUACCAUGUGUUGUUGGAUGAAGUUGGUUUUUCACCUGAUGAUCUUCAAGACCUUGUUCAUAAUCUGUCCUAUGUAUAUCAAAGAAGCACUACUGCUAUAUCCAUUGUGGCUCCGGUAAGUUAUGCCCAUUUGGCCGCCACACAAGUUGGACAAUGGAUGAAAUUCGAGGACGCAUCAGAGACAUCGUCAAGCCAUGGUGGUCUGACAAGUGCUGGUCCAGUUACUGUUCCUCAGUUGCCCCGACUUCAGGAGAAUGUUUCUAGUUCCAUGUUCUUCUGUUAAGGCCUGUGAGCCUCCUAUUUAGCUUUAUGUGGUUAAUGGAUGCUUAGACAAAUGGUUUCUGUAAAUAGGUCUCGUUUUAACUGCACAUGGAAUCUGAACCUUGUGCGGGACCUCCCAAAACUCCUCUAUCUCUUAGGUGAAUUAAUUGGUACAAUAUUUAGGUCUAUUGCCAUAUUCAGGGCCCCCAUGUAUUUUGUCGCGCUUUGGUUCUCCUAAACAAUUUUGCUAUGUACUGCGUGGGGAUUAACCUGAUGUAUCACGGUUGUGACAAUGCUGGACAUAUGCUGUUUAUGUAAAUGAUAAUGCUUGGAUCUUGGUAGGCGUCGAAAAAUAUGCUUUCAUUUGGAUACUUC